CGCAGCUCGAUAUUCAAAUUCCCUCACAGGUGCUGCGCACGCUUUUGAGUCUUGAACUACGCUAUGGAUCAAUCACUGGUGAAUGAAUUGACCAACUGCCUGCAACACACAUUGUCACCAGAUCGAGAGAGCAGGAAGUCGGCAGAAUCAUAUCUAAAGGCUGUGGAACUACGCCCGUCUUAUUGCAUAUGUUUGCUUAGGAUUCUUCAGGAUUCCAAUGUUCCUCUCCCUACACGUAUGGCUGCAGCUAUUACUCUGAAGAAUUUUAUAAAAAACCGUUGGCAUGUCGAUCCUGAAGAAACAGAUCAUAUACAAGCAUCUGAUCGUGAAGGUUUACGCAAUCAACUUAUUGGAGCUAUGCUUGCUGUAUCAGGCAAUUUACAACCACAAUUAUCUGAAGCUAUAAGUACAAUUUGGCGAGAAGAUUUCCCGCAUAGAUGGCCUAAUUUAAUUCCUGAAUUAGUUCAACGAAUGGCUCAACUUGGUGCAGAUUUAAGCAUGGUUCAUGGAGUUCUGUAUACUGCGCAUACAUUGUUUAAAAGAUAUCGUCAUGAAUGCGCGGGUUCCGAACUCUACACAGAAAUGAAGCUUGUAAUUGGUCAGUUUGGUGCACCACUUACAGAACUUGCAAAAAACCUUCUGGCGUUAGUUGUGGGAGGAAGCCAAAACAUGGAUCCAUCACGUCUGGUUACAGCUCUACAAUGUUUGCUGCUCGUCUGUAAAAUAUUUCUUAGUCUUAAUUGUCAGGAUUUACCAGAAUUCUUUGAAGAUAACAUGCAAGAUUGGAUGUCAUUUUUCCGUAGUCUGUUACAACUGAAUUCAUCGAGUCUUAAUUUAACAACUACUAGCGGUGAUAGCGGAGAAACCAAUGGGAUUGUUUUAGUUGAACAGAUUAAAUCACAAGUUUGUGAUAAUGCCAGCCUGUAUGCAUCAAAGUAUGAACCAGAAUUUGCUACAUAUCUGCCUGGAUUUGUUACUGAUGUCUGGGAAAUGCUGUUGGGCACUGGUGCACAGACAAAAUAUGACUUGCUUAUUGGUAAUGCGAUCAACUUUCUGAGCUCUGUCAUAUCACGUCCACAACACAGAUAUCUUUUUGAGAAUCCAGAAACGCUACAAAAACUUUGUGAAAAAGUCAUUCUACCAAAUAUGCAUUUUAGAGCUUUAGACGAAGAGCUGUUCACUGAAAGUCCUGAUGAAUAUAUACGCUUAGAUUUAGAAGGAUCGAAUGCACAAACCCGUCGAAGAGCAGCCUGUAAUCUUGUACAUGUUUUGUGUGAAGCAUUUGAAGGUCCUGUUGUGACUAAUUUUUCAACUUAUAUUGAACACCUGUUAAACGAGUAUGCUAAUACCCCGAGUGGUGGGGCAUGGACAUCGAAAGAUGCUGCUCUACUAUUGGUUACAUCAGUGGCAAGUCGUGGGAAAACAGAAAAGCAUGGUGUUACAAUCUCUACGGGAUUAGUUAACUUGACGACGUUUUUUGAAAAUCAUGUCCUACCUGAAUUACAAAAUCCUGAUGUUAAUUACUUGCCUGUAAUUAAAGCCGAUUGUCUACGUUAUGCAAUCGCUUUCCGAUCUCUACUCCCACCAAUGGCUUUAGUCAGCCUGUUAAAUAUGACGCCUAACUUAGUGAUGGCUGCAGCAACGGUUGUACAAAGUUAUGUGGCUGCUGUAAUUGAUAAACUACUCGCUAUGCGACGACCAGAUUCACCAUCAGAACCUUUAAUAUUGAAAGAACAAGUGGCAGAUCCUCAGUUAUUGAUUGAUCGAUUAUUAGCUAUACUCAAUAAUCCAGAGUGUUGUGAAAGUGUUUAUGUGAUGAGAGCUCUAAUGAGAGUCUGUUGUUGCCUACAAGAACGUUGUCUCCCAUCAAUGAACAAUCUUGUCACUACACUAUUGGCUCGUCUUACUCAGGUUACAAAGAAUCCUUCGAAACCAGAUUUUAAUCAUUUCUUAUUUGAAACAAUAUGCUUGUGCAUUCGGUUAACAUGUGCAGCGGAUCCUAACUCUGUUGUACACUUUGAAGCAGCAUUUCUACCAAUUUUCCAGGAUAUUCUACAACAAGAUGUUGUGGAAUUUGUACCGUAUGUAUUCCAAUUGAUAAGUGUUAUGCUCGAACAGUAUCCAUCUUCGCAAACAGUUCAAGUGAAUUGUAAACCUCAGUCAAUGCUGAAUGGUAGCACAACAAAUCCCAACAGUCUACGGCCUUCACAAGCGUAUUCAGCUUUACUCCAGCGUAUCCUGGUUCCAUCAUUAUGGGAACCAAGUCGGAAUGUACCUUCACUUGUUCGCCUGCUACAAGCUUAUCUUCUACACGAUAUGGAUGAUGUUUUAUCGGAAAAUAAAAUAUCGCCUAUCAUGGGAGUAUUUCAAAAGUUAGCCAGUUCAUCAACGAAUGAAGUGCAUGCGUUUGCAUUACUCAACGCAUUACUUCUAGCUGGUCCAAAAGACACUAUGAUGCCUAAUAAUUUCCGUCAAAUAUUUAUGGUCAUCUUUCGACGAUUACAAACAUGUAAAACAGAAAGAUUUUUGAAAGCUUUUGCAUCAUUCAUUGCUCAUUUUGUAUUGAUCUAUUCACCGAAUGAAUUAAUCACUCUUGUCGAUGGUAUUCAGUCGAAUAUAUUCUCUCGUGUUCUGGAGAAAGUACUCAUUCCAUAUGCUGAAGCCAUCAUCACCAAUCCUCUGAUCCCGUCUAUUGGUUUUGGAAAAAGCACUGAAGCCUCAGGUAUCCCAUCCACUUAUGUGUGUACACAAUGGCGUGAAAAUUCUAUCGGUUUGAUAAGAUUUAUCGGUGAAGCACAAGCUUUACUCAUGGACGGUGCUACUUAUCGUGCUUCAUGGUUACCUUUGCUGACAAAAAUUAUCUCCGGUCUGGCGAAUGGUCCAAAUCGUGGUGGUGAUACAGCAAGUGAUAUUGCUGUAUCAACUGCUAUUAAUUCAAUGGUGAAUGGUUUCAGUAAAGAUGAACGUUUCAUUGAAAUGGAUUCUGAUCCGUCCGGCCAAUCAGCCUACUCUCAACUGACAUUUGCAGUUCAACGUCUUCCUGACCUGUGUGCAUCGAUUACAGAUCCAAGAAUUUAUCUAGCUAAAACACUGCAUGAUCUGUCGAACCAAUCGCCUGGAAAGAUGCCGGUGAUGCUCAACUCGAUCUCAGAACAGCCUAUAACUGCCUAUCUACAAUCGAUAAUGGGACGUGCUCAAUUAUGUAUAAACUAAUAGUAGUAAUAAUAAUAAUAAUAAUAAUAAUAAUGAUAAGCAAGUGUGACAGUCAGAUGUAAUGAUCAAGAAGAACAAUGAAUGAUGAGAAGAUUCCUGUGUUUCUGUUUCUGUUUCCCUUUUUUCCCCCGCCUAAAUCUUGUUCUCCCCAUUCUUUCCACCAUCACCAACACCUCCCUCUCCCAAUUCUGUUAUGUGUUGUUAGAACACUGUGUAAUUUUUUAUUCGAAGAUUUUUAUGUGUAUCUAUCAGAUUUUCAUCACUAUUUCAUAUUCUCUAUGUGUUUUUGUUUAAUGCGUACGUGUGUUUAUGUGUGAAGAACAGUAUAUAUGUGAAGAGAGACAGAUAGUGGGCGAGAGAGUUGAAGCGGUUUAGAUUAACAAAAUUUUUGACAUCACAGAGACGCACUCACUACUGCUACUCCUAUGCCUUUUCAACAGAUCAACUUCUUCAUCUUCUUCCUCCUCUGUUUUGCCUUUCAUCCUAGAGAAUUUUGUUCUUAUAUUUUGUUUCUCUCUCGACCACCCACCCACCAUUUUUGAUACUUUCACCAUCGCCUCUUCUUCUAUAUACGGCGCUGAUUUCCCAUUUUCCCUAAUCCGGUUGUUGUUUCUUUUUCUUCCGCUAUUUUCCAAUUUUGCACUUUUUGAGUUCUAGUGUUCAAUAUGUGUGCGUGCAUGUGAUGAUGCCUUUAUACCUCUGUUAUUGUUAUUAUUAUUACUAUUUUUCAAAAAAUCUCUUUUAGGAGUUCAUUUUUCUAACAAUGUUGUGUGUGUUGUUGACAUUAAUGUGUUUGUGUGUAUUUCUCCACUCCACCCCACCUCACCCCGUUUUUUAAGAGAUCAUUAAAAAGGGAGUGGGACUCACAGAGAUUGGUGGUGGUGGUGGAUUGUGAGCGAGAGACACGCUUAAAUGCAUUUUUUAUAUUCGACCUCUUCUUUCUCAAUUUCAUUUGUUUUUGUUUUUUUUGGUAUAGAUUAUAAAAUAAUGAUGAUUAA